GCCGCGCGCCGGCCGUCUGCACGCCCGCCACCCGUUACCCUGGCAACCGCUGGGCCGCGUCUUCCUGAGGGAGCUCCUGUCAGUCCGCUGAUCCUAACGCCUGCUCCCUACUGCCCCAAGGUUUUCGCGUGGGAUCAGAGACUGAGGGACAACAAAAAUGGCGGAGCGGAGCCAGACGGUGCCUGAGGCAGGCAGUGACAUGGGAAAUGAUGAUGCCAUUGGAGGGAAUGUGAGCAAAUAUCUAGUGCUUCCAGCUGGAUACUGUGGACCACCCAAGAAAGGACAUCUCAUCUUUGAUGCUUGCUUUGAAAGUGGUAACCUUGGCCGGGUGGACCAGGUGUCUGAGUUUGAGUAUGAUCUGUUCAUUAGGCCCGAUACCUGUAAUCCACGCUUCCGAGUCUGGUUCAACUUUACUGUUGAAAAUGUGAAAGAAUUACAGAGGGUUAUCUUCAACAUUGUUAACUUCAGUAAAACCAAGAGUCUUUACAGAGAUGGGAUGGCCCCUAUGGUGAAAUCCACAAGCAGACCAAAAUGGCAAAGACUGCCACCUAAAAAUGUUUACUACUACCGCUGCCCAGAUCACAGGAAGAAUUAUGUGAUGUCCUUUGCCUUUUGUUUUGACCGAGAAGAAGAUAUUUACCAGUUUGCUUACUGCUAUCCAUAUACCUAUACCCGCUUCCAGCAUUACCUUGACAGCCUGCAAAAGAGAAACAUGGAUUACUUCUUUAGGGAGCAACUGGGUCAGAGCGUGCAACAGCGGCAGCUUGAUCUCCUGACAAUAACCAGCCCUGAAAAUCUCCGGGAAGGGGCAGAGCAGAAGGUGGUAUUCAUCACAGGACGAGUCCACCCAGGGGAGACACCUUCUUCAUUUGUGUGCCAAGGGAUCAUUGACUUCCUUGUGAGCCAGCACCCCAUUGCCCGAGUCCUGCGGGAGCACCUGGUCUUCAAGAUCGCACCUAUGCUCAACCCUGAUGGCGUCUACCUGGGGAAUUACAGGUGUUCUCUGAUGGGAUUUGACCUGAAUCGUCACUGGCUGGACCCCUCACCCUGGGCCCACCCUACCCUACAUGGCGUGAAACAGCUCAUCGUCCAGAUGUACAACGACCCGAAAACGAGCCUGGAGUUUUAUAUUGACAUCCACGCCCACUCCACCAUGAUGAAUGGCUUCAUGUACGGCAACAUCUUUGAGGAUGAGGAACGGUUCCAGAGGCAGGCCAUCUUCCCCAAGCUCCUGUGCCAGAAUGCAGAGGACUUCUCCUACUCCAGCACAUCCUUUAACCGGGAUGCUGUGAAAGCGGGAACUGGCCGUCGCUUCCUCGGUGGACUCCUGGACCACACUUCCUAUUGCUAUACCCUGGAGGUCUCCUUCUACAGCUACAUCAUUGGGGGCACCACGGCUGCUGUGCCCUACACUGAAGAAGCCUAUAUGAAGCUGGGGCGGAAUGUGGCAAGGACAUUUUUGGAUUAUUAUCGGCUGAACCCCAUGGUUGAAAAGGUGGCGAUUCCCAUGCCGAGGCUGAGGAAAGAAAAACCCCCUCCCUACAAGCACGCACUCCUGCGGGGCCCGGCCGGCAACUACCCCAACGGCAAAGGGGACAAGAGGAGAUCAGUGAACCACAAAGACCCUUCAAACUCUUUUUAAAGACACGGAGUCCUGGGAGGGCUUGUGGGAGGAGGCGCAUGCAUUUUCUGCCAGGGCAUGAAAUUAAUCACCCUUCUCUAGUUUCCAAGACAAGGGUUUGUGGGAUAAUGCAUAGGUUAAUGAAAGGGAAAGAGAAAAAUGAGAAAUUUUAUCGUCGAUUUUCCCUUUUACCAAUGCAAAAAUCAAUUGUUCGCCUUCAGCUCAAGGCUCAGGAACAAAAUAGGAGGCUGGAACCAGGCGAGCACAGAUCUUACUUUUCACAACGUAGAAAUCCUCUAAGAUGAGGAAAACCCACACAUCUCUUUUAAGAGGUUUGAUACAUCUCAGGUCAGUUCUUUCAAAGCCCCUUUACCUUUUUAAGUUGUAUAGUUACUGCAGAUGAUUAUCUUUUAAGAUAGGCUGUGGUUGUUCACAGAUUUAGAAAUGCAAUGUCCAUAUUUUCUGAUCCAAACAAUGACAACACAUGCAACCCUAAGGCCACUGUACUGUUAGGAAAAAUGGGACUGAAUUUUUGAAAUCACAAUGGUCUCAGAAAUAUGGUCACUGUAUCUAUAAGCUGCCUGCUUCCUGAUUCCCCCAAAGGCAGUGUGCAACUUCAGAAAACUGUUCUGAGAGCUAUUUCUCAGUUUCUUGGGUAGUUUAAUUGAAAUUUUAGCUUCAAAGACAAUAAGUUUUGGUCAUUCAUUUCAAAAGUUUUAUCAUGGCUAUAGUCUCCAGAUGAUAGGGAUCAAACCUGGCCCCUGAAGACAUAGGCAUGGAAAAUUUCCCAUGAGAAAAGGAUGGGUGCCAGGUAGGGGGGCUGCAAAAAACAGAAGGAUGCACCCUGAGCUGGGUAGGAAUGAUGAAAUAAAACCAUGGCAGUAGCAAUUCCCAAGGUGGGGCAAGCUAAACAUUUUGUACAUUUUGUUGUACAUUUUUCUGAAGAGUAAAGUGCCUUUAGAUGAUGAAUGGGUCCAGGGGAGCCUGCUCCCUUCCUGUCUGUGGAAGCAGCAGGCUGAGUGGCCAUGACAGCCUGCUAAUUAAAACGACCUCCGGGAGGUGAGGAUCAGGAGAUAGGGAGAGGAAAGGGGACUCCAGGGAGAUAGGGCCUUUAGCACAAGGCUCCAGUUAAGCAGUUUUGUUUUGUUUUUUUCUUUUUUGGCUUGGGUUGGGUUGAAGAUUUAUUUUUGAAAUUUGUUGCAAAAAUCAAGAGCAAAACUUGUUCUCCUUUUGUCAUAAAUGAUAACAAAGAACCAUAUGUUAGUUGUUUACAAAUGUUGUAUUGUAUGCACAGCUUCUCCCUGGGAUCCUGUUGCCUAGAGGAACACAAAUAAAGUGGUUUG